AGAGUAUAAAAGAUGCACACGGAGGACGUCAAUUCAGUGGCGACUUUGUGACAGUGCAAACCAAGCAGCCGAGUCGAGUCAUGAAGUCUCUCCUCGUUUCGGCUCUUUUAAUCGUAACAGCAUCAGGCCAAGACCUGCCGUCAUGCGCCAGCAAGGUGUAUUGCCAAGGCAACCUCCUCCACACGGUGCAAAUGGCGCGCAUCUUCGAUGACUCCAAAACCUUCGUCGACAUGAAAAUGCGCAACGACGAGACAACAACUUUGGCGAACUUUGACAAGUUCUGGAACGACACUAACCACAACCCCAGCAAAGACCAAGUCAGGAAAUUCGUCAGUGACAAUUUUGAGACCUACAACGAGUUCGACGACUGGGUCCCGACCGACUUCACCGACAACCCGGAGAUUUUGUCAAGAAUCGACGACCUGGAGAUUCGACAGUUCGCCCAAGACUUGGUCAACAUUUGGCCAAAGCUGGCCCGGAAAAUGAAGAAGGAAGUGAUUGACAAUCCGGGGCUCUUCACCCUUCUACCAGUCGACAAUGGUUUCGUCAUCCCAGGUGGGAGGUUCAAGGAGUUCUACUACUGGGACUCCUACUGGAUCAUCAAAGGGCUGUUGGUCAGCGAAAUGAACCAGACGGUUAAAGGCAUGCUUGACAAUUUCUUGUCAAUUGUUGACAAGUACGGUUUUCUGCCGAACGGUGCCCGCAUCUACUACCUAAACCGCUCCCAACCGCCGCUCCUCAACCUCAUGGUCGCCGCCUACAUCGACGCAACCAACGACACCAAAUGGUUGAAGGACAACAUCAAGAUUCUGGACAAGGAACUGAGGUACUGGCUGGACAAUAAGCUGGUGGAAGUGACCAAGAACGGGACCACCUACACCAUGGCCCACUACGACUCCGAGAGCGGUUCCCCACGUCCGGAAUCCUACUACGAGGACGUCACCACGGCCAGCACCCUCCCAGAACAGGCGAAAAAGCAGCUAUACGCCGACUUGAAGAGCGGCGCUGAGAGCGGCUGGGACUUCUCCACCAGGUGGAUCGUCGACGCGAGUGGCGGCACCAAAGCCAACCUCACCGGCCUCCAGGUCCGGAGACUCAUCCCCGUGGACUUGAACGCCUUCCUGUGCCAAGCCUUCCGGAAACUGGCCGAAUUCUACGUGAUUUUGCACGAUUACGAGAACGCGAUUUUCUGGUACGAGAAAUCCUUCCUCUGGCAGAAAACCAUCGAGGAAGUGCUUUAUAACGAGGAGGACGGUGUUUGGUACGAUUGGGACAAUGAGUUGGGGCAGCACCGCAAGUACUUCUUCCCUUCUAAUUUGGCCCCCUUGUGGGCGGAGGCGUACGACUUGUCCAAGGCCGAUGUUUUGGGCCAGCGGGCGGCUGAGUACGUCGUGGGGCAAAAACUGCUGGACUACCAAGGGGGCAUUCCAGCCUCGUUGACCAGGAGCGGGGAGCAGUGGGACUACCCCAACGCCUGGCCCCCGCUGCAGAGCCUCGUGGUCAUGGGUCUGGACAGGAGCGGCAACUGCAAGGCCAAGGAGCUGGCCCGGGAGUUUGCCCAACGAUGGGUCACUGCCAAUUUGAUUGGGUUCAACCAGACCAGCGAAAUGUUCGAGAAGUACGACGCGGAGGUGCCGGGACAGUAUGGAGGGGGCGGGGAGUACGUCAUCCAGAGCGGGUUCGGGUGGACAAAUGGAGUCGCACUUGAAUUUAUCGAGCGAUUUUACGCGGUUUCGGAUUGAUUGUGAUAUUGUUAAUAAAUUAUUUUAAGUCUUAAGUGUUGAGAUUUUUUCGACGUGAUUGUAGGAAAUGGAAUUUUUAUCGAAGUGUGUUUGUGUUUGACUUAAUGAUAAGUAAUUACUUAAAAACUUCCACUGGUUGGGGUUUUGUCAGUAUUAGGUAGGUUGUUGAUCCUGAAUCAGCUGAUUUGGGAAUUUUGUACCAUCAGGACACUGGUUUAUGUAAGUGAAUUGCACGCUCUUUCACUGUUUAUUAUUGGUACGAUUAAAUUUUCCAUUGAUAAGAUGAUGUUUCUAAACGAUUUGUAAAAAAUUUACGAUAAGUGUUCGUAGACACAAGAUUGUUAUUACAACUUGUAAGUUUUGAACAAUAAAAAGUAUUUUUUUUA